AUGGUUCAAAAGCAUCAGCCGACCCAGCAGGAGCUGGAGCGCCGCCGGCUCGUCGGCGUCCAUGCUGAGCAUGUCUCCAACAUCUCUUCCACCGACUUCCCCGGCCACUUCCCCGGCGAGGACCACAAAUGGAGCCUGGAGAAGUUCAAGCAGAACUUCCACGUCGACUUCCACCGAAACGAGCAGUUCGACGCCCAGUUCUCUCUCGUCGGCAUUGACGCCGCCAUCGCCAACGCCUUCCGCCGUAUCCUGAUCGCCGAGCUCCCCACGCUCGCUAUUGAGGAUGUGUAUAUCAUCAAGAACACCUCCAUCAUCCAGGACGAGGUGCUGGCCCACCGCCUAGGUCUGAUUCCGCUCAAAGGAAACCCCGAGGCUAUCAGAAACAUGACCUGGUACAAGAAGCCCGAGAGCGGCGAAUCCGAGGAAGCCGCGCACACCGAUUACAACACUGUCGUCAUGGAGCUCAACGUGCAGUGCGACUGGGCGCCGGAUGCGAGGGAACUGGCUAAGAAGGGAGAGACGGACCCGAAGAAGCUUUUCAUCAACUCCAGCGUAUACGCAUCCCAAAUCAACUUCGUCCCCACCGGCCGCCAGACCGAGCUCUUCGCCGGCGAAGGGGCCAUCCAGCCCGUCCACCCGGACAUCCUGAUCGCGAAGCUGCGGCCGGGCCAGAGCAUCAACCUCUCGAUGCACUGCAUCAAGAGCAUAGGCGCGGACCACGCCAAGUUCUCGCCCGUCGCGACCGCCACCUACCGCCUGCUCCCGCACAUCCAGAUCCUGCAGCCCAUCCUCGGCGCCGACGCGCACAAGUUCGCGCGCUGCUUCCCCGCCGGCGUCAUCGCCGAGGAGACGGUCACCGCCGCCGAGGCGGCCCAGCCAGGCUCGCCGUACGCUGGCCACGAAGGCGAGAAGAAGGCCGUCGUCGCCAACCCCUUCAACGACACCGUCACCCGCGAGGUCCUGCGCCACGACGAGUUCAAGGACAAGGUCAAGCUCGGCCGCGUGCGCGACCACUUCAUCUUCAGCGUCGAGAGCUCCGGCCAGUUCGACAGCGACGACUUGUUCAUCCAGAGCGUCAAGGCGCUCAAGGUCAAGUGCGAGAUCAUGAAGAGGAACAUGGCGAACCUGAUGAGGUAG